AGCUCUUCCGGGAAGAUGGCGGCUGUGGAGAGGAUGGCUGCUGCUGAGGCAGCUGGAGCGGUGGCUGCGGAGAUCAAGGCCGAGGCUGAAGGGGAGGAGGCGGAGGCUACGCCGCCGCCGUACGAGGCGGUGAGGUGGGGGCCAGUGGGCGCGGUGGCCGAGGCGCAAGCAGUGCUAUGCGAAGAGGAAGACGGCUCGGAGGGGUGCGUGGGUCCCGGCCCAGCCUCACCCCCGGAGUCCCCGGGCCGGGCUCUACGGCGACUUCGGGCCGAGCGGCGGCGGCUGGACUCUGCGCUGCUCGCGCUGUCCUCGCACUUCGCCCAGGUUCAGUUUCGUCUGCGGCAGGUGGUGCGCGGGGCCCCGACGGAGCAGCAGCGCUUGCUGCGCGAACUCGAGGACUUCGCCUUCCGCGGCUGCCCCCACGUCCUGGGCUGGGGUGCCCCCGGGGACUCCUCCACCGACGAGGUCGAAGGAGACCGGCCGCGUGAGGGUCUGCCGGGGCUGCGGCCCAACGAGCCGGGAUUGAGCGAACAGGAAAAACAGGAACGUGUAGAAGCCCAGAGAGAGAAGCAGCGUGAGCUCAUCAUUCAGCUCAAGACCCAGCUAGAUGAUCUGGAAACCUUUGCCUACCAGGAGGGCAGCUAUGAUUCCCUGCCACAGUCCAUGGUCUUGGAAAGGCAGCGGGUGAUCAUAGAUGAACUAAUAAAGAAGCUGGAUAUGAAUCUGAACGAAGACAUCAGUUCACUGUCUCCUGAAGAGCUACGGCAGCGUGUGGACGCAGCCGUGGCCCAGAUAGUCAAUCCUGCCCGAGUAAAGGAGCAGUUGGUGGAACAACUAAAAACCCAGAUCCGAGACCUGGAAAUGUUCAUUAAUUUCAUUCAAGAUGAAGUAGGAAGCCCUUUUCAGACAGAAGGUGGACACUGUGAGUGUAGGACUUCAGGGAAUGGUUCCUCUAGGGUUGGUACCCGAUUGCCUUCUGGAAAUAAAAAAGUGAACCCUGAAGAGGCAAAGAAGAUCCGUGAUACAGGGCUUCAUUUAAUGCGGCGAGCACUAGCUGUGCUCCAGAUGUUUGCAGUGAGUCAGUUUGGUUGCACCGCUGGUCAAAUCCCCCAUACCCUAUGGCAGAGGGACCAGGCUGAUAGGGACUAUUCUCCUCUGUUGAAAAGGUUGGAGGCCUCAGUGGACAGGGUAAGACAGCUGGCUUUGAGGAACCAAAUGAAUGAUCAUGUCAUCAGCAGCACUAGCCUUCAGGACAUCCCCCUUGGGGGCAAAGAUGAGCUAACGAUGGCGGUACGAAAGGAGCUCACUGUGGCCAUGCGAGACUUGCUAGCCCAUGGAUUGUACACGUCCUCCCCAGGGAUGAGUCUGGUGAUGGCACCCAUUGCUUGCUUGCUCCCUUCCUUCUCUUCUACCCCCCAGACCAUGCACCCCUGGGAACUCUUUGUGAAAUACUACAAUACCAAGAAUGGCCGAGCUUUUGUGGAAUCCCCAGCACGAAAGCUCUCCCAGUCCUUUGCACUGCCUGUGACAGGGGGUGCUGUUGUGACGCCCAAACAAAGCUUGCUCAGCGCCAUCCAUGUAGUAUUGACAGAACAUGAUCCCUUUAAGCGCAGCGCAGACUCAGAGUUGAAGGCUCUGGUAUGCAUGGCGCUGAAUGAACAGCGUUUGGUGUCUUGGGUCAACCUGAUCUGCAAAUCUGGGGCACUCAUUGAACCACACUACCAGCCUUGGAGUUACAUGGCACACACUGGCUUUGAAAGUGCCCUCAAUCUGCUCAGCCGCCUGAGCAGCCUCAAAUUCAGCCUCCCUGUGGACUUGGCUGUCCGACAGCUCAAGAAUAUCAAAGACGCCUUUUGAUGACCAGGCUUUUGCCCCCGACUAGUGCCUCUCCAUAGGGAUGAGUUACCACUUUACCAUGUGAGGCUGAGGGGGUUGGAGGAAGAAGCUUCUGGGUUACAGGUUAUCCCUAGGCCUUGCACAGGUGGCCAGUCCUAGUGCCUCUAAAGUCUGUUACCCACAUUUAGCACCUUAGAAAUUCACACUGGAAAACCCCUGGCUAAAAAUGUCCUGCCCUGUUGUGUGACUGCCUGUGUGCACAUGUGGAUGUGCAUGGGCUUUCUUCCAGAGGCCUCUUUACCUUCCCAAUUGCUCUAUUGACCCAUAGGGGCUUUUCAAAAACUUAGCAAGUCUAGGUGUAUGUUAGUCCAGUGGUAAUGAAAAUAUGGGUUGAUAAAGAUGUCUUUCCUCUCAGGUGGGGAGAAGCCCAACAUUUUGUUGCUUAAAUGAGAAGCUCCUCCUUUUUUUAAAUUUUAGAUUUGACCAAUCAGCAAUAAGAUG